AUGAGCAAAAACACUUUCUAUUAUGAAGAUGGACUAGAGAAUAUCUUUAACGAGAAUGGAGAGAAAGUUGUAGACCUAGUGGAGAAUGUAUUGACAUAUAUCAUCGAUCCGAACAUAGUUCUCACCACAUUAACGAGCCAAGCUGCCUAUUUGGCUGCUAAACCAGAAGAUAUUAAGGAUACUGAAAUGGAAGAUGUAGCUGCUAAUAAGGUCAAAUUAGCGAAAGCACCCGUUAACAGUACGUACAGAAACUAUGACGACCACACGAGAGAGGAGUUCAUUGACCGAGUGAUCGAAGGUCCCGUCAAAAGAGGAAGAAUGUCGGCAGUUGCGAGAGAGUUAGGAAUAAAGAAUAGCAUUGCUAAGCGUUGGUGGGAACAUUAUCAAGAGACAGUUGAGGUUCCGUAUAAGUAA